AUGGAAGAAACUGUACCUCCUGCUUCUGUUAUAGAUCACACACAUCAUACUCGUCUUUUGUAUCUCAGUUCAUCGGAUAUUCCUGGUGUUGUACAGGUCGGUUUUCCACUAACAGGCAUAGACAAUUACUCUCUCUGGAGUCGGGCAAUGAGAUUGAUUCUUCUCACGAAGAAUAAGCUGGACUUAAAACAAUGGAAUCGCUGCAAUGCAAUUGUAAUUUCCUGGAUCAUAAGCAAUGUUAGUCAGAAUUUGGUUAGUGGAAUUCUUUUUCGAUCUAAUGCUUAUCUCGUCUGGAAUGAUCUUAGGGAGAGAUUUGAUAAGGUUAAUAUAGAUCUUUGGGAUGAAUUUGACUCAAUUAUUCCUCCUUUUUCAUGUGACUGCGCCAAAUUCAAGGAUUACGCAGAGAACAUGAUGAGACGGAGGUUGCUACAAUUUUUAAUGGGGUUAAAUGAUAGCUAUAGUCAGGCUAGAAUUCAAAUACUUCUAAUGAAUCCUACACCUAAUAUAAAUCAGUGUUAUACAAUGAUUGUACAAGAUGAAAGCCAAAAGGCAUUGACUGGGGAUAGCUAUUCCUUUGGUAAGGAAAUUUUAGAUCCGACUGCUCUAUUCACUAGAUCUGCUCCAAGAUCACACGGAUACGGAGGUGUUGGUGGAGGAUCUAGUAAUAGCUAUUUUGGAUCUGAAAGCAGUAGUUCAGGUGGUGCUGGACCUUUUAGUGGAUAUUCUGGUGGUAGUGUUCAUUCAGGUGCUGGUUCAAGUGGAUCUCAGAGGCAGGGAAAACAGAUGUUUUGUGAUUACUGCAACAUGAGAGGCCAUAGCAAAGACACAUGCUAUAAAUUCAUGCAUUGUAGCUAUUGUAACCAGAAGGGACACACCAAAGACACUUGCUAA